GAUGCUCCGGCGGCAAGAGGCAUCCCUUUCUCACUCUCAAAGUAGCGGGCGCUGGGCGAGUGUUUCUGACAGCGUGGGCGCGGGCACGGGCACGUGGGGCAGAGUAGGGGCUAGAGUUGCAGGCGAGCGUCCGGCUUCCUCCGGGAGUUCAACUUAGGGAGAAGAGCCGGCAGCGACUGGAGCCGGGGACAUGGAGGGCGCGAGUGCCGAUUCCUCGCGACCCACAGGGGGAGGUGGCUGCGAUCCCACCCCCAGGCCCACCCCCACCAGGCCCGGCCCCCAUGGUCGGGCGGGGGUUGGGGGGGGGACCCGCAGCUCCCGGCCCAGCCCAGGGAUCCCAAAGCAGACGGAGAGCAGGAGCUCUCCCGGGCCUGACAGGCUCUGCCGUGCAGACACCCAGCUUAGGAAGGGGGUGCAAAGAAGGGCGCUAGAGGGAAAGGUCGAAGCGAGCCCCGGACCCCAGGAAGUGACUGUAUUUGGGGGGGAAGGGAGGGCUUCCCUUCCAAGGAAAAAAGGGACAGAUGAGGAAUGCACUUCGCGUCCGCGCCACCGCGGCCAAGGAUCCACCGAGAAGUCCCAGCCCGCUCCGGACACUGCGCUCCAACCAGGAGGAGCAGGAGGAGGAGGAGGAUGGACAAAAUGGCCGCCGCCACCAGCCAGGCAGGAAACGGGGCAGAGCGCAGGCGCGGCCCGCCAGGUCACUGCUCAGGCCGGCGGCGACGACCUGCAAGGGGGAUCGCUAAGAGGGGAGGAAGACGGGCCGCUGAGGGAACCCGGUGCGGUGUCACGGCGAACCACGUCGUCGCUGUGCGCCGGCCGGUCGGCGAAACCCAGCCAGCUCGAGUCAAAAGAAAAAAGAGAGAGAGAACCUCCGGGAAGGUGAUGUGUCUGUGAAUUGUGGUCCUAGAAAUGAGAGAGGGAAUCACUUCUCCAGAGGACUUCUGGGAACUGUAGUUCAAAGGAGACGGCCGGCACCAGCGGGGCGCUGGGACGCGGAGAAGAGACUUCUGGGUAGUGUAGUCGUCUGUGAGGCGUGCGCCGACCAGGAAGUCGGUGUGCUGGGAGGGGAGCGGGGGGAGAAUAAAAGCUACAGUAAGAGGCGGGGAAACGAGGUGGGGGGAAGCCCCGUCUCGGAGGUAGACUACAAGUCCCAGAGUGCCUCGCGCUGGGGGCUGUCCUAGCACUGCUCCUGGCAUUUUAAAGCUCUUCUGUUGGCUCUGCGGGAGCUGCCGCUCCGCCUCCAUCCAGCUUGAGAGCGGUUUCUUCAAUUGCGGCUAAAGUCAGUGCUCUGACUCCGCGUGGUGUCCGAGCCCUUUGGGGCGUUCUGACCCCCAGUAUUAACCAAAACGGCCGGCCUCCUGUCAUCAACCGCUACCCCGCGCGACGGGCGAAGAUGAUAGAGUGGACUUUGGACCCUCGCUGAGCUGCAAGCUACCCUCACCGGGCCCCACCCCCGACUUUCCCAACUGCCAGCCGCGUCCUGUGGGCGCGUUUUCCCUCAAAUAGGUAUUCGAGCCUGGGUUGGCGGCGUGUAAAUUGCUCUGGGGGUUGUGCUCAGUCGUGUUCGACUCUGCGACCUCUGUAGCCCGCCAGGAUCCCCUGUGCAUGGGACGUUCCAGGCAAGAAUACUGGAAUGGGGUUGCCAUUUCCUCAGGGAUCGAAUCUGCGUCUCCUGUAUUGGCAGGCGGAUUCUUUACCACUGAGCCACCAGGGAAGCCCCAGGGAAAAUUGCUUUACAAGUUUCGAAGAUCUCUCCAUCCGAGUGUUCACUAGUCGGAUAAGGCGAUGAGAAGAGCAGGGGGUUUAUAGAACCAUGUUGUUAAGGAUUGGCACAGGCUGAGGAGUUUGGGCUUUGUCUUCUAGUCCAUAAAAAGCUAUUCAAGGGAUUUAUUCUCUGAACUGGACCUGGGUACAGGACUGUAUUUAUCAUAAUGCAGUUCAUCAUUGGAUCCGUGCCUCUAACAGUCUUAGUGGCUUAAAACGACAGGAAUGUAUUGUCUUACAAUUCUGAACUGAGUUUCACUGGACUAUAACCAAGGUAUUGGCAGGACUGGUAAAAAAAAAAAAAAAAAAAAAGAAUGGUUGCAAGAGAUGAGAUGAGGAUGAAUAGGUGGAGCACAGGUCAUUUUUACCCAGUGGUGAAAUUAUUCUGUGUGGUAUUGUAAUGGUGGAUCCCAUAGAAUGUACAACACAGAGUGAAUGCUAAUGUAAACUAUGAACUGUUAGUGAGUAAUCAUAUGUCAACAUUGGCCCAUUGUUUGCAACAAAUGUACGACAUAAAUGCAAGAUAGUAACAA